AUGAACAAUAUAUUUCAUGGAACUGAAGAUGAAUGUGCCAAUGAAGACGUUCUUAGUUUCCAAAAAAUUUCCUUGAAAAGUCCCUUUGGUAAGAAGAAGAACAUAUUUAGAAAUGUUCAGACCUUCUUUAAGUCAAAAAGCAAACAUUCGAAUGUCGACGAUGAUUUAAUCAAUAAAGAGAAUCUUGCCUUUGAUAAAUCUCCAUUGUUAACAAAUCACAGGAGUAAGGAAAUUGAUGGUCCUUCACCGAAUAUAAAGCAGCUUGGCCAUCGCGAUGAGUUAGAUGAAAAUGAAAAUGAAAAUGAUGAUAUAGUCUUAAGCAUGCAUUUUGCUUCUCAAACCUUACAAAGUCCAACAAGAAACUCAUCAAGAAGAUCUUUGACCAAUAAUAGGGAUAAUGAUCUUUUAAGUAGAAUCAAGUAUCCUGGCAGUCCCCAGAGGUCGAGCUCUUUUUCAAGGUCAAGGUCCUUGUCGAGAAAGCCAAGCAUGAAUAGCAGUAGCAAUUCAAGCAGGAGGGUGCAACGGCAAGAUGGGAAAAUUCCGAGGUCAUCGAGAAAAAGUUCACAGAAAUUUUCUAACAUUACUCAGAAUACUUUGAACUUCACGUCUGCGUCAUCCAGUCCACUAGCUCCUAAUUCGGUAGGGGUGAAAUGUUUUGAAUCAUGCCUAGCCAAAACACAGAUACCAUAUUAUUAUGACGAUCGUAACUCAAAUGACUUUUUCCCUCGAAUUUCUCCAGAAACGUUGAAAAAUAUUCUGCAGAAUAAUAUGUGCGAGUCAUUUUAUAAUUCAUGUCGUAUUAUAGAUUGUCGGUUUGAAUACGAAUAUACUGGCGGCCACAUAAUAAACUCCGUUAACAUACACUCGAGAGAUGAGUUAGAGUACGAAUUUAUCCAUAAAGUUUUGCAUAGCGAUACUAGCAACAACAACACUCUACCAACUCUUUUAAUUAUCCAUUGCGAAUUUAGUUCCCACCGGGGACCUUCAUUGGCCUCUCAUUUGAGAAAUUGUGAUCGUAUAAUAAAUCAGGAUCAUUAUCCCAAAUUAUUCUAUCCCGACAUAUUGAUAUUGGAUGGCGGAUACAAAGCUGUUUUUGACAAUUUUCCUGAACUAUGUUAUCCACGUCAGUACGUGGGAAUGAACUCACAAGAAAAUUUGCUGAAUUGUGAACAAGAAAUGGAUAAGUUUAGGAGAGAAUCUAAAAGAUUUGCUACUAAAAAUAAUUCUUUUAGAAAACUAGCUUCCCCUUCAAAUCCUAACUUCUUUUAUAGAGAUAGCCAUCAAUCUUCAACAACAAUGGCAUCUUCUGCACUAUCGUUCAGGUUUGAGCCGCCUCCGAAGCUGUCAUUAAACCACAGAAGAGUCUCUAGUGGUUCAUCAUUAAAUUCAAGUGAGAGUACAGGCGACGAAAAUUUCUUCCCCAUCUUAAGUAAGUCGUCUAUGAGUAGUAACAGUAACCUAAGCACUUCACAUAUGCUACUAAUGGACGGACUGGAUACCCCAUCAUAUUUUAGUUUCGAAGAUGAGAGAGGCAAUCAUCAGCAAGUAAGUGGAGAUGAAGAGCAAGACGGAGAUUUUACUUUCGUUGGUUCCGACCGAGAAGAUUUACCCAGGCCCGCAAGAAGAUCGUUAUUCCCUUCUCUAGAGACUGAAGAUAAAAAAUGA